GCGUCCACGGCUCCUAGGAGGCUCCCCGUCCUACGACCGAGGACCUUUCCGUGUGCGUAGCGUACUACGUUUCGUUUUAGCACACAGUCUCCUGUCCCGUUAUUGUCUGGUCUUAUUAUAGUUGUUCCGUAGUUGCCAACCGCGCUGGCCGCUCUCAGAGAGUUCCUUCCAUCAUACUCGCUACACAUCAGCAGGUGAUUUUUGAGUCGACUCAAAAAUCAUACUCGCUACACAUCAGCUCGCACGUAAUAUUAGCAAGACGCCUCUACUUAGAUUUGCAAGUGAGUCGUUUCCCUGAUUACGAUUUCCGUGAGCGCCGUCCAAAUCAACGGUCAGGAUUGCCUGUUCAUGGGCAGUGAAGGCGAUCUGCCGUCCGCCAGCAAUCCCACUUCUAGUCACGCUCCUAACCCUAACGAAUCCGAAGUUACAGCCACCACCGCCAUAACUGCACCCACCACCUUUACCCCCGCUCGUCUCGCUGGUUACCCUACAGGCACUAGUCGUAACUUGGUAACCAGCGCUACGUUUGCUGGCAGCGCCGCCGAGCCGUUUCCUAAGCGCGCCAAGCUCUCCUGCCCCUAUCACGACUCGGCCGCUGCGACCGUGGUCCGCGGUUCUGCCCCUAUCGGUUCGUGCUCGUUCUGCGCAUCUGCCGCCGCAUCUCCCGGAAAAUCUUCCGAAGAUCACACCACCGGAGCUGCUGCUUCCGCUGCUGCCAGCUGUCACGCCACGAUUGGUCGGUUCGCGACCCUUUCGAUGGGGAGGGGGGCAGGGGACGGUGCUACGGGUGCUGCAGGGGGGGAGCAGGCAGGGAGGAGCUACCAGCCGUCCGAUCAAGAUCGGCGCGGAUCUAAGGGUCAGAUUCGUACGGUGGAAUACGUACGCCUUAUAGAGCAAGCUCUGCGUUCGCUGGGAUAUGACUCGAUAGCGGCGCAGCUGGAAGCGGAAUCAGGCGUAGCUUUGGAAUCCAAGCCGGUGGCGCAGCUUCGGCAAGCGAUCAUGGCCGGCCAAUGGGAGGAGAGUGUCGCGAUCCUGUCGAACCUACCAGGUUUAGACCUGUCUUUGCUUCGGCACGCGGAAUUCCUCCUCCUGGAGCAGAAAUUCCUUGAGCUUGUCGAAGCUGGCGAGGUUCGGGAAGCCCUGACGACCCUCCGAGGCAGGCUCGGGCCCACAGCUUCGGAUCCGAAGCGCCUGCACCAGCUGGCGGGCUGGCUGCUUUGUGCCGGACCUGAGGACCUGAAGGCUCGGUCGGGGUGGUCCGGGGCAGGUUCAGAAUCCAGAGGUUCGGUACUAAAGGUUGUACAGGCGCUGCUGCCGGCGUCAGUGAUGGUUCCUGAGCGGAGACUGGAGCAGCUUUUAGAGAGUACGGUGGAGAUGGGUCGAGAACGGUGCCACUACCACAACGUGUGUGACGAGGCUCUGUCACUGUUCACGGACCAUUCGUGUGGGCGGGAGAUGGUCCCCACUGUUACCACUCAGGUGCUGGAGCAGCACGAGGACGAGGUGUGGUGCGUGCAGUUCUCUCACGACGGCACCCGACUGGCCACUGCCUCCAAGGACCACACUGCCAUUGUUUGGCAGAUUCUUGACAGCUUCUCCCAUCGCCGCCUGCACACGCUAUCGGGCCACUCCCUGCCUCUCUCCUACGUGGCGUGGAGCCCCGACGACUCUCUCCUGCUCACAGCAGGCAACGACCCCUAUGUGUGCUUGUGGGAUGCCGCGACAGGGCAGCUGCUCCGCACCUUCAACAAGCACCAAGACGCUAUCUCGGCCUGUGCGUGGUUUCCCUGCGGGCGGCGUUUUUUGUCAGCAUCUGCGGUGAACGAUCGGACAGUGUGCGUGUGGGGCGUGGAGGGGGGCGAGCUGGCGUCUUGGAGUGGGGUGGGGCGGCACCUGUGGGAGCAGGAGGGGGCUGACUUCCCCCGUAUCAACGACCUCGCUAUUAGUAGUGACUGCUCGCACGUGGUGUCCGUGUGCAACGAGAAGGAGAUCCGAGUGCACGAGUUACCUGCAGGAGCGCCGCACGUGGUCAAAGAGACCAAGUCCAUCACCUCACUCAGCAUGUCUGUGGACGGCAGGUGGGUGUUGGUGAACCUGUCAUCAGGCGACAUCCACCUCUGGUCCAUUCGGGACAUCUGUGCUGCCAAGCCUCCCGACAAGCCAGCCUUUUCCUACAGCGGGCAGGUGCAAGGCCGCUUUGUGAUUCGCUCCUGCUUUGGCGGCCAUGACCAGCGCUUUAUCAUCAGCGGCAGUGAAGAUGCUCAGGUGUACAUGUGGCAUCGCGACACUGGGGAGGUUAUGGAGGUCCUUCCAGGGCAUUCUGGGACUGUGAACGCCGUCUCAUGGCCGGCCACUCGGCCGCACAUGUUUGCUACAGCCUCCGAUGACCGGACUGUCCGCAUUUGGGGCCUGUCGUCUGUAGCUGCUGGAGGCCAUGGGGUUAGUGGGGGGAUGGCACGUGGUGCUGUUAUCGAGGAGCCACGGGGAUGAUGGAGGGGGGGCUGCUAUGGUAGGAACGGAGUUGAGGGGGUGAAGUGAGGAGUCUGAUUGGCUGCUGGCGUGCCUCAUGGAAUCUCCUUGUCAAAUGAACAUUUGUAUUCGUAGUUUUGUUGGUGAUGCAAGGUUGUUGGGUGGGUGCUUUGUUGUACCACUUGUACAUAUAGGAUAAUGAAACAGAUUGAUACUU